GGGCCUCCACACUUUUUGUGGCUUGGCGAUGCUCUUGGUGGGUCGUCCUACCGGUCCGAGCUCCCCCCGUUGCUCUGCGUGCCCUGCCCGAUCUCACUCCGUCCCCAACCUUCUACCCGAGCGGCGGUAGAGGCAAACGCCGGAGAUCCGAUCGGCCAACAAUCCGAGGCCGCACUCCUCGAAUCCCCCAGUUCACCUUACUAUUCAGCUUUUGAGCGUCGGGCCGAAACCCUAAGCCGUAUUUUUCGAAGUCAUGGCGCUUUGUCGACUUCUACAGAGGAAUUCGAUCAACCAGAUCUCAAACAGGGUUCUCCCAUGUUGCAGUCAAUAUUUCUCUACCGCUGCUUCUCCAAGCGAAACGAUCCGAGCUACUCUCUUUCCUGGUGACGGGAUAGGACCCGAGAUUUCGGAGUCUGUCAAGCAGGUUUUCAGUGCUGCAGGAGUGCCCAUAGAAUGGGAAGAACAUUUUGUGGGUGACAAAGUGGAUCCUAGAACAGAGAGCUUUCUAACAUGGGAAAGUCUGGAGUCAGUGCGGAGAAAUGGUGUGGGCUUGAAGGGCCCUAUGGCUACACCUAUUGGAAAGGGCCACAGGUCUUUAAACCUUACUUUAAGGAAAGAACUUGGUCUCUAUGCCAAUGUUAGACCUUGCACCAGCCUUUCAGGCUAUAAAACUCGAUAUGAUGAUGUAAAUCUUGUUACAAUUCGUGAAAAUACGGAAGGGGAGUACAGUGGUCUUGAACACCAGGUGGUGAGAGGUGUUGUAGAAAGUCUUAAGAUCAUUACCCGUCAGGCAAGUUUAAGGGUGGCAGAAUAUGCUUUUCAUUAUGCAAAGACAAAUGGCCGACAAAGGGUGUCUGCCAUACACAAAGCCAACAUCAUGAGGAAGACCGAUGGUCUGUUUCUUAAGUGCUGCCGUGAGGUUGCUGAGAAGUACCCUGAGAUAACUUAUGAGGAAGUCAUCAUUGACAAUUGUUGUAUGAUGCUUGUGAAAAAUCCUACUCUAUUUGAUGUAUUGGUGAUGCCUAAUCUCUAUGGAGAUAUAAUUAGUGACCUCAGUGCUGGUUUGAUUGGUGGCUUGGGCUUAACUCCCAGUUGCAACAUUGGUGAAGGAGGCAUUGCUCUGGCAGAAGCUGUACAUGGUUCAGCUCCUGAUAUUGCUGGCAAGAAUCUGGCAAAUCCCACUGCCCUCUUGCUGAGCUCUGUCAUGAUGCUACGCCACUUGAAGCUCAAUGAUAAAGCUGAUCAGAUCCAGAAUGCCAUACUUAGCACCAUUGCAGAAGGGAAGCAUCGGACUGUUGAUCUUGGUGGCAACUCAUCAAAAACUGAUUUUACAAAGGCAGUCUGUGAUCAUCUCUAAAAAUUUUGCAUUAUUUUUUGGUCAUUUCGCAUGCAGAGAAAUAUUACUUGGGUGUUUAUUAGCCCAACUAUUGUUUUAAAGUUCCGAGCGCAGCGCACUGCAUGAGAAAGAGAAUAACGCUCUCAGGGAUUUUGUUUUUAGCUGUUUCUUCUCGGUUUGCCUUGUUCCUCGAAGUAUUGUUGUAAUAAUCGCCUAUACUCGGGGCAGGAAGCGGUAUUCGUUUGUUCCAGCUUUUUGGGUAUAUUGGUUUUGUUCAUUCUCGGCAUUUAAUACAAGAAGAAGAAUCCAAGUUACUGCAAAAGCCUCUGAGAUUUCUACCCCAAGAGAAAAGAAAAAUCUCU